CACUGCACAGGGUCACCUUGUGAUCCAUGUGGACAGGACCUCCUGCCUUCUGUGCCACCACUGCCCUUUGAACCAUAUGCCCAGGGUGACUGGAUGCCUUUUACCAGUCAGGUGCAAUUUGAACUUGCUGAAUUUUUGUACAAGAGUGUACAGAUGUCUGCUGGCAAGACAGAUACAUUGAUGGAUAUUUUGGCCUCACUGUACGAUCACCAGGACCCACCAUUUGUGUUGCAUGAUGAGUUAUACAAGUCUAUUGAUGCUAUACCAUAUGGUGACUGCCCUUGGCAGUCAUUUUCAGUGAAGUACUCAGGCCCAUUGCCCAAGGACCCACUGUCUUGGAUGUUGGCAGACUAUGAUGUAUGGUACCAAGAUCCACCAAGUCUACUUGAACAACAAUUUGGAAAUCCAGAAUUUGCUGAUUCAAUUGACUACACUGCAAAAGUGAAUGAAAAUGGCCAGUGUGAGGUCUGUGACCUCAUGUCAGGUCAGUGGGCAUGGGAUCAGUCUGAACUUAUUGCCCAGGAUCCAGAUACACAUGGGGCCACAUUUGCACCUAUCAUACUAGGCAGCGACAAGACAACAGUCAGCAUAGGCACUGGAAACAUGGAAUAUUACCCACUAUACAUAUCCCUUGGAAAUGUUCACAACUGUGUCCAUCACUCUCAUGGCAGUGCCCUGUCCAUUUUGGCCUUUCUGUCCAUCCUCAAAAGUAAGUGUCCAUCUGGUGGAAUGCACUGCAAUGUCAUAUGCUGUACACCACAGUGGCAGGGUGGGCCAGCAUGA